CCAGUAGUCCUUUUAGAAGUUAAAAUUUUCUCUGCAGUUCUACACGCGCCAUCCAGUCAUUUGGUCCAUUCCAUAUCCCCACCUCACUAACUCUAUCCAUUCAAAUUAUCGUAUAAGGGACAAACAGUGGGAGAGGGAGAGGCUGAGGGAGGAAUACAAAUGGCGGUUGCUAACGCAUGGGGCCUGCGAAACGCAGUCCCGCCACGUCAAUUUUGCUCAUGUUUUGAUUCUGUGGUGAACAAAGGGAGUAAUCUGAACUUUGCGGGUUCGAUUCUCAACAAAUACAUGUGGAGAAGUGUAAAGAAUUCUAGCCUUUCUUGCCGUUGCAGCAACUCUUUGGACUGGGAUUGGAAUCGCUGGAGUCGUCAUUUUUCAGAAGUCGAACAGGCCGAUAAUUUUUCAUCGCUUCUCAAGUUUCAACUAGAAGAUGCAAUUGAGAAAGAAGACUUUGAGGAAGCUGCAAAACUGAAAGCAGCUAUUGCUGAGGCAACAUCUAAGGAUGCUAUAGCUGAAAUUAUGUUACAAUUGAAGAAUGCGAUUGAUGAAGAGCGUUACCGUGAUGCAUCAGUAUUAUGUAAACUCACAGGAAGUGGUCUGGUAGGGUGGUGGGUGGGUUGUUCAAAGGAUUCUGAUGAUCCCUUUGGAAAAUUAGUACAAAUAUCCCCUGGUGUAGGCAGAUUUGUGGCAAGGAGUUACAGUCCAAGGCAGUUGGUCACCGCAACUCCUGGGACUCCAUUGUUCGAAAUCUUUGUUGUCAAAGAUUCCAAUAAUACAUACAUUAUGCAGGUAGUAUGCUUGCAGCGAGCCAAAGAAAGGCCAUCAAAUUCUACAUUGUCGACAUCAAAAUCAUCAAAUGGUCCAACCACUUCUGCCACCGACUCUUCUGCAGAAGAUAUUUCAGUGGAUGAAGAGGAUGAGGUAGAGAAACUCGAAAAGAGUGCAAACAAUGUUAAGGAUGCUAGUGAAGAAGGGAUAGAAAGUGUUAUAGAUUUUCUUAAAGACAAAAUUCCAGGAUUAAAAGUCAAAGUCAUGAACAUUAAUGUUCCAGAGGAGAUAGUAGAGGGUAGUGACAGUGUGGAGCAGCCAAUGCAGGAGGACAAUGAGAAGGCAGGAUCUGCUGAUAAUUCUGCAGACAAAGUUGACCUGGGUGAAAUUCAUCACGAGGGGGUUGCUCCUGGAGGAGAUACCAACACAAGGGAAGAGGAAAACAAUAUGGCCAUGAAGGUUUUUAUUGGUGGGUUGUUACAUAACAAUGAGGAUACCCCUUCUGAGGAUGGGUUUAUGCGAUUCCCAGCUGAAAUAAAGGAUAUUGAAAAGGAUUCAUUUGUACUACAUGUUCCAAGGAGAAGUGAGGAUUCUGACAUUGGAGAACGUAAAGUGUCUAGGGUCAGAGUUGCAGCUAUUGCAACUAAUGGUGUUUCUGAGCUCAUGCCUCUUGAUGUUGCUAAGGAAUUUUGGGGUGUAGACAAGGUUCCUUCAAAGGUUUCUAGAGAUGUGCGCGAAAUUGUAAAGCUAGCUGUAAGUCAGGCUCAGAAACGAAAUAGACUAUCUGGAACUACAAUUUUCACUUGGAUCACCACCCCUAGAAAUGAUUUGGAUCCAUUUGAUGGCCUUUAUGUUGGGGCCUUUGGCCCUUACGGCACUGAGGUGGUACAGUUGAGGCGUAAAUUUGGUGACUGGAAUGGGGUGGAUGACACAGACAAAAGGUCAGAUGUGGAGUUUUUUGAGUAUGUUGAGGCAGUAAAGCUGACAGGGGAUUUGAACGUUCCUGCUGGUCAGGUAACUUUUCGGGCAAAAAUUGGUAAAGGGAGUCGUAUCCCCAACAGUGGGAUGUAUCCAGAUGAACUUGGAGUGGUUGCAAGUUACAAAGGUCAAGGUAGAAUAGCAGAAUUUGGAUUUAAGAAUCCACAAUGGGUUGACGGUGAACUUCUCCAACUUAGUGGCAGGGGCAUGGAGCCGUAUGCCAGAGGUGCAGACCUUGGAUUCCUUUAUGUUGUUCCACAGCAAAGCUUCCUUGUGUUGUUCAACCGGCUGAAACUUCCAGAAUGAAGUCAGUUGUUUUGACCUGAGAGUGCUAUUGGGGAAAUGCAUUUAAUCCCUUUAGAAUUUGGAUGCAAGAGGGUAUCCGUGUAUAUAGGAUAGAAGAUGUUAUGCAGCAGGGUUUUGAGGGUAGCAAUUAAAUGGCUGUUUACGAUACAGUGCUGUUUAAUAGUGUUGUUGCAUGCAAUUACUGAGGUGUAUAUUAUGUUGCGGCUGAUAAACCACAGAGUGACAAAAUGGAAGUAAUAAUAGUCUUAUUAGUCUGUUUUAAAACUUACAUAACAUGUGUUAAUUCUUUAUCA